AUGAGCAUAAGCGACCAGAGGGGCUGCGUCGCAGACCUGGGAGGCAGCUUCACUGAGGAUGCUCCCAGACCUCCAGUCCCUGGAGAAGAAGGAGUGCUGGCGUGCAAUGACGGUCGCCAGCACAGCAACCUUGGCUUUUCCUCCAAGAACGAGAGUGCCAAAUGUGAAGCGUCAGUGGCUACACUCCGGCGACCGGACUUGGAUCUGGGUUAUGAACCAGAGGGCAGCGCUUCCCCUACACCACCCUACGUAAAAUGGGCCGAGUCUCUUCAUUCCCUCCUGGAUGAUCAGGACGGCAUCCAUCUGUUCAGGAAGUUCCUGAAGCAGGAGCAAUGCGCCGACAUGUUAGACUUCUGGUUUGCAUGCAGCGGCUUUUGCAAGCUUGAAGCUAACAAGGCUAAUGAGGAGAAGAAGCUAAAACUGGCAAAAGCCAUCUAUAAAAAGUACAUUCAGGAUAACAACGGGAUUGUCUCCAGACAGAUCAAACCAGCUACCAAGUCUUUCAUUAAAGACUGUGUGAUGAAGCUCUACAUUGAUCCUGCCAUGUUCGAACAGGCUCGGACUGAGAUACAGACGAUGAUGGAGGACAACACUUAUCCUCUGUUUUUAAAGUCGGACAUUUAUUUGGAAUUCGCACGGACAGGAGACGAGAGCCCUAAGCCGUUCAGGGAUCAGAGUCCUGCUUCUGGGGAAGGAAAAGGACUGUCGGGGUUUUUACCAACUUUAAACGAAUAUGAGGAAUGGAGAUGUGACCAGGGCCCAGAGGAGCAGCCUGAGUGUGACCUGACACCAAGCAGCCAGCUCACUCAGCAACUGCUAAUGGAGACGCAGCGAGUUGGCAAAAGAGCAAGAUUUCAGGACAGCCUCGAGUGCAGGUAAAUCCUCCCAGGCAUCUAAAAAAGAA